GUAUCCAUCGAGAAUUCUAAUCGUAGUCACUCGUCGGAAAGAGACACGAGGGCCGGGCGGGAUGCUCAGUCUCGGUGCCCAGGUCUCGCCGCUGCCCUCAUCCCCUCCCCACGCUCCCCUCCUCUACUCCAGACCCUCCUCGCCCUCGCCCACCGCCCCCGCCGCGGUCGCGGGCGCCGCCUCCGCGCCUCGCUCACUCUGCUUCCUCGGCCGCAGCCGCAGCCGUAGCCGUUUCGCUGCGGAGCUGACCCGGAGGCCCACCAUGGCCGCGGCGAUCUCGCUGGAGGCCGGCAGCGGCUUGGCCCACGACCUAGGGUCAGCGGCCGUCACAGCGGGCGUCGCCCUCGCGCUCCUCAAAUUCUACGAGGAGCUCGCCAAGCGCGGCGUCUUCGAGGAGAAACUCAGCAGGAAACUUGUUCAUAUAAGUGUUGGGCUGGUGUUCUUGCUGUUUUGGCCUCUUUUCAGCUCUGGAACAUAUGCUCCUUUCCUUGCUGCACUAGCACCAGGGGUUAAUAUUAUACGGAUGUUUCUACUGGGGAUUGGACUAAUGAAAAAUGAAGCUAUGGUUAAAUCAAUGAGCCGCUCUGGAGAUUACAGGGAACUUCUCAAGGGCCCACUGUAUUAUGCUACCACUAUAACUUUUGCCACUUCUGUAUUAUGGAGAAGCUCACCAAUUGCUAUAGCACUUGUCUGCAACUUAUGUGCUGGGGAUGGUAUAGCUGAUGUAGUGGGGAGACAUCUAGGUAAAGAGAAGCUUCCAUACAACCCCAAUAAAUCAUAUGCUGGAAGCAUAGCAAUGGCGGUCGCUGGUUUUCUGGCUUCAGUUGGGUACAUGCAUUACUUCCACACUUUUGGUUUUAUUGAGGAAACAUGGUACAUGGCGUUAGGCUUCCUUGUGGUGUCUAUUGCUGCUGCACUUGUUGAAUCACACCCAAUCAGCACAGAACUGGAUGACAAUUUGACGGUUCCCUUAACAUCAUUCCUAGUUGGUAGCCUCAUUUUCUGAUGUUUAGCCUCUAAGGGCAGGGAAGAUGUUUUUCUGUCUGUUCUAACAUGUAAAAGAUUACAAACAAGUGUAAAUUGUGAGAAUUGUACCUUGAGAAUAAUGAAUAUAUUUCCCGUUUAUUAACCAGCAUUACAUGUCUUAA